GAGUGAUGGAGAAUAAAUGAAGAACAGGCAUCCCCCACUCAUGCACCUCUCCCAGCUGUGAGAGCCCAGGUCUGCAGCAGCAUCACCUGUAUCACCCACAUACACACACACAUACACACUAUCAUCAUACACACUAUCAUCACACACACACAGCAUCACACAACUGUGCCCUCCAACCUGCAUCCCUAUACCUUCAACUCCAACUCCCAGCACCCUCCAGUACACACACACACACUAUCCCACUAACACCACAGUCAACAGUGUCUGGCAAAAGCUGGGACACACAAAGUGCCACACAACUAAGUGCCACAGUUUGCUGCAUUGUCCAGGAUGGCAACACCAACUGAGCGAACUGAAGCCAGCGUAUAUGGAAGUAAUGAUCCCUUCCGCUAUGAUUACGAUACAGUGCGGAUGACUGGACUUAUUCUCGCCGUUAUCAUGUUCAGUUUGGGAAUCAUCAUUGCUCUGAGUAACAAAUGUAAAUGCAAAAAGAGGAAUCCAGAUGGAGCUCAGGAUAAUGGACGACAAUCCCACACCCCAGCUGGAAGUGUAUAGUUCCUCGGUUCCUUAACCUUACCACGUGCUGCUCGAUCCUGUCUCUGGACCUCCAUGAAGAACUGAGGGGAGGGGAUGGAAAGGAAUCUGACCCCUUUUCACAACGUUGCAGAUAGCGUGUUACAUGCAUGUAUGACAUUCCUGCGUGAACCCCCCCCCCUGUUUCCUACAUGCACACAGAGCUUCCAUCUCUGAUCCCCCCAAAAGACUAAUUCAGAAAACCACACAAACCCCAAUAUCCCCUUUUCAAUAAACAAAAACGAGGAUACACUGGAACAAAAAGCAGAUAGAGAAGCAGAGAACGUCAGGCAGUGACCCCCUAAACAGACCACAUCAGGUCUCCAACACAACAAGAAGUAACCAACAAUUUAAAGAUUCCACUGGUAAUAAUUCAGAAAAGAGUGCCCUUGUAUUCCUUCAAAAUAUGUCCAUCCUUUGUUCACUGAAAUCCCAUCAUCCAGACAACUGGCCAUAGGAAGUCCUUUACCAUUGUCUGGUCUUUGUCUUUAAUUAGGAUAUGGUAGGUACUACCAGGUGGUCUUAGAAGUCUGGUGGUCUCCAUUGGUUUAUAUCACUAUAAUUUAUAGUUUCUAAUUGAUGGCCAUACAAAGACUUUAUCAGUGUCCAGUGGCUUCCAAAGGUCUCGAGCAAAUCACAAAAUUGUAAUUACUACUUAGUGACUAUAGAAAGAAUUUUUACGUGGCUUGUGGGCUACAAAAUUCUUUGGCAAGGUUCAAAAUAUGUAGGAACUACUAGGUAGUCAUUUCAACUUCAGUGUUUGGAAGGCUGUAUCUUCUACCUGGUGGAUAUCGGAAGUCUUCCAUUGGUUCCUAGUUUCCUCCCAAGUUCCAGAUUCAUGGUCAGGAAGUUUUACUUACCAUUUUUAACAUGGAUGAUGGCUCCCAAAGGUCUCUAUCAAAGGUUCCUAUCAGAAUCUGGUAACAUUUACAGCUCUAUAACCUUGUUUAGGAAGUGGUGGCCAUAACCAUAGAAUGUUCUUUACCGUUAUCCAAUACAUUCCACAAGUGGUCAGGAGUCAGUAGUCAAAGAAUUGUAGAUCCUGCCACUGCCACGAAUGAACUGUGCUUCAAACUACUAAAUUACAGCAUAAGGUGAGCUAAAGUUCAAUAGAAACUGGUUAUUCUACUUUCCAAUGGUUGACCUAUGCUAUAAGGUCCCUUUAUACUGAAAUGUCAAAGUUGUGUUUUAUGGUUUUCUCCUUGACUGGUCUCUAAUUCUCUAUAAAAGGCAGGUAGGGGGUGGAUACUGGAAAGGUGUCCUCUUUUAUUUUUUCUGUAUAUAGCAUGUAAGAGAAAUAGAAGUAUAUAGAGAGAGCAAUUUAUUAAUAUAUGGUUGUCAAAGACUGAUCUCUAUAAGAUAUAUGCACAUGGGCAGAUGCAACCAAAUCCCUACCUUGAAGUUCUAAUAAAAUGACACAAAUAUCUUA